AUGGCGACCGCAGAGGCAGUAGGCGGCAAUACCAGUAGCAGCAGCAACCGUGAAGCUCGCCGGCAACAGCAAAAUAAUGACGACGCGAGCACCAUCAUGUCCCUAGCAGCCAUGUCCACUACAACGGCGACUACGACGGGUGCCUUGGAUGAUGCCUCGUCCAUGGGCGAGACGACGCAGACUCACCACAGCAGCAGUCGGCGGAAGCGCAAGGACGACUGCAGCGAGUCUCGGUGCACCGUGACAUCCGAGGAAAGCGUGAGAAGUCGUAGCCGUCGCCGUCGUCAUAAUAAUCAUCGAUUGCUGGGAGACACGGCUUGUCAUCAUCGAUGGUUGGAACGCAUUGACCGCACAGCUGCGACUUCUCAUGCUCCUAUUCGGCCCAAUCGAAGUGCCGGUGAUGCCUUUCUACCUUCUCUGCCGCAAGCGACCGCCAGUAUGAUGGCCACUCCACUGUCAUCGGCGUCCGCUUUGACGCCAUUUAGCAUUCAAAAUCAACGGACUUUCAGUGCCACCUUGCCAAGAAUAGGAGGAGCAGGAGGACUCUUUCCAACUACUGCAAAUGAAACUUCGGCGCAGGCCGCCGCACGAGCUGGCGGAUCAAGAUGCAACGAUGCGGACGUAUCUGCCAGAGAAGUGGCAAGGUGCCAAAGCAUGAGCUUGCCACCCACACGGCCCACACGGACUCGCGAUGACUCCAAGACGGACCUGAUGGAUGAUGAUGAUGACGAUGAUUCUUCGUCUGAUGACCAUGAUCAGACAAAAGACAGAAAAAGCAACACGGGAGAGCACAAAAAUAAGGAGCAAAAGAACGACGUUGCCGCGAAAAAUCACGAAACAGCAGCAUCUGCUUCUUCUUCUUUGAGAAACAAUGCCGAGAUUGAUCCAUAUCUGUUUGCUAGCCUGCUUCACGGACAGCAAUUGGGAGGGGGGAGGUUACCUUUGGCAGCGCCUAGCAUGACUCAUCUUCACAGAUCAGAGAGUAGUGACCAUGCAAAAAGUUGCAUCCCGCCCAAAAAACCACGGAGACGAAGUGAUGCUGAUUUCUAUCUAAUGCAUGCCAGCGAGAAGAAGCCGGGCCCUGCGUUGACGCGCUACAACACAAUUGAUUCUUCCGAGGCAAUGCGACCCAGCAGGACGGAUACCGGUCAUGAUGGAGGUGGUCGAACUUCGGCUGCUACCAGUAGUAGCAAUAGCGGCAAUCGUGCCUGUCCCCAAAACAAGUGUCAGAGCUUGCGAGGAGACAGCAAUUGCGCCCACACCGUUUCCCCCAAGCCACCUGCCAAGCCUCUACGGACCUUUGAUGAUGCUACGUGUGAUCGAAUAGUCCAGACGGUCGGCCAUCUUCCCAUGAUGCCAAUUCACCCGCCCCUCAACGUCGAGGAUGCACCGUCAUCACCUCCCACUGUACCUCGUGUCAGUGACCAAUCGGUGGCUCGUGUGCAAGAAAUGGUUGCCACUGGACGUAAGGAUCGGCUCCAAAAGCAGGCCAGUGCAGCGAGCGGUAUGGACAUGGAGGAGGCAGAGCAAACGGAUUGUUCCGACAAGGAGGCCAAAGCAAGAGCCGAGAAAGAGGGGUCACCUCUUGCAGCCUCCUCGGAAGAAGACGACGGGGUCGAAGUCCUUGUUGUCGAAGAGGACGAAGACGAAACAGAAGUUUCUAUACAAGCCUCCUUGAAAGAGUACGACCCCGAUUUGUUCGCCCGUCUCUUGAAUGGAGAUUCGAGCGACAGCAAGGUUGCUACGAUUGGAUUGGAUUUCCAUACAGCUGAAGCGUUAUUGAGGACUACAGAGGAACGGCAGCCACCGCCUCCGCUUGUAGCUCGAGUCAGCAGUGGAACGACAAGACCACCUGUGUACGAUCGAUUCGACAACUCUGCUUCGUGCGCCACCCCCGAACACUUGGCAGGUGCCGUCAAAUCAUCUCAUCCACCACUAAGGCCAAGACGAAGCAUUGAUGAAUGCAUGAUAUGGGGCACCAGCCUGCACUCUAGCAGUCUUGCUGCUGCAGCAGCAGCCGCUUGUGUCGCCCAGGCGGAAGAAUCAACUAUCAUGCCAGCCCAUGGAAUGCCGCCACCAAUAAGCCUGGGCCGGGGAAGGUCCUUUCGACGUACAUCGCGUCGAUCAACUCUUCCCAUGGCAUCGGAAAUGCCCUCUUCGGGCAACCCAGCCUCGUCGGGAACCAACGGUGGCGGAAACUUUGUGGAACGAAUUGAUGCUGCUACUCAAGAAGCAAACCUCGUGGCAUUCUCCCAGCCUCUCGAGGACAGCUCUGGUGACGUGGGCGAGGAAAUUGAGGAUCGCGACGACGAGUAUGAACACCCGCUGGAGGUUGCAGGUGACGGUGCCGAGGGCUCUUAUUCGAGAGUCCUCCCAACCCGCAGGCGUAGACGAGUUAUGCGCCGUUUUACCAUGCCGUCCAAAGGUGGAAGCUUGUCUCCGCAGGCAAAGAAACGGCGUAUGGUGGGAAGAAGUCAUAGCUGCUAUGGUCCAGAAGACGGAUUGACGACUCCGGCGGCAUAG